AUGCGCCGCAAUCUCCUCGUCACGGGAGCGACUGGGAAGCAGGGGCAGGCGUUGAUUCGUGCUUUGCUACAGUCAGCAGAAGAGUUUCAAAUCUACGCGCUCACGCGCAAGAUCUCGUCUCCGAUAGCGCAGAAUCUUGCUUCGAUAGGAGACAGCGUUACUGUUGUGGAAGGAGAUCUUGAUGAUACAGAUUCGAUAGUGAAGAUCUUCGAAAAAGUGAGGGGGUAUGGUGGGAUGUGGGGGGUGUUUGCCGUGUUGGCGUUUCCGGGGCUGGGGAAUAAUGCUGAUGGGGAGGAGAGGCAGGGGAAGUUGCUAGCGGAUAUUGCGUUUCAUUAUCGGGUCCAUUCGUUUGUUUAUUCAAGCUCUUUUCGGGCAGGCGAGAAGUACGAGGCUGAAUUGAUGUUGUCUGGGAGAGCCAAAGCGAAUAUAGAGUUGCGGUGCAUGGAAUUGGGACAAAGAGGUUUUCCUUGGACCAUAAUACGACCUGGAUUCUUCAUGGAGAAUUUCAACGACUUCAUUGGAUCCAUUUCGGCAUCUGUUUUGAAGAAGGGACUGAAAGAUGACACAGAAGCUUCAGAUGAUAUUGGAAAAGUAGCAGCUGGUGUCUUCCGAAAUCACGAGAAAUUUCGCCAUAGAAUCCUUGCUGUGGUGGGAGAGUUUGCAACCAUGAACCAGGUGUACGAAUCACAUAAACUGGCAACCGGAAAGCCUAUGCCAGCAGUUCCAUCUGGCUUUGGAUGGCUAAUUCUCAAGAUGAACAAGGCAACUCAAGAAUUAAUUGAGCAUUGUGAGAAGAGUUACCACGCAAGAAUGUGGGGAGAAUAUCCCACUUGGGAGUCAGAAUGGCAAGCAGCAAAGGAGGCUGGUAAGAUGAAGACGUGCUAUGAAUGGUUCGGGGACAGGUCUAAAGAUGAAGGAAGAGAUGCAGACUGGAAUAAAGUGUCGGUCGGGAAGUUGAUGGUUGGUCGGUCGUGA